UUUCCUGCUGUCUGCCGUCUACAGCUGCUACUCUACUCAGGUAUAAACACUGCCAUCUCUCAUAAUAGCCCAUAUUUACUUACAUCGAAUUUCAGGCAAUUAUAGCUCUCAAGAAAGAGAAGGAAAGAAGGAAGGAGAGCUUUCCCCUCCUAGUUACAACGUUAAACGUGUCACUGUCAAUUUAUCAAGAAAGUAGUUGCUCAUUGGCCGUACAUCAGCAAUGAAGUACUACGAAGAGGUCCAGGAUCAAGAUGACAAGCGUCCCUGUGCUGGGCUGAGGGCAGACCUCAAGGCUUGUCUCCUGGCAACAGACUGUGUCAGACUGCACCGUAAGACUCCGAGAGAGUGUCUGCUCACCAACGACCCAUCCAUCCCCCAGGAAUGCUAUGCUCUCCGCACAACAUUCUUUGAAUGCAAGCGAUCUCUGCUGGAUACAAGGCAGAGGUUUCGUGGACGAAAAGGCUACUAAUUGCAUGGUUUUCCAGUAGACUGCAUCUUAGUCAAAUAUAUUGUGGACAUUUUGAAAAUGCUUACUGUUUAGAUAAACUAGAUUUUUAUGUAUAAUUACUGUAAAGCUUUAGUGUUUAAGUAAAGUAUAGUAGGAA